CCGCUGGGGGCGCUGUGUCUCUCAGUCUGCGCUCAUAGCCGGUCGAGAUGGUCAUGGCGGAGGGCGCUACCGUUGUGAGGAGGAACAGACCAGGCACCACGGCGAAGGACUUUUACAACUGGCCUGAUGAAUCGUUUGAGGAGAUGGAUAGCACUCUGGCAGUGCAACAGUAUAUCCAGCAAAAUAUCCGCUCUGACUGCUCCAACAUAGAGAAGAUCAUGGAGCCUCCAGAGGGACAGGAUGAAGGAGUGUGGAAGUACGAGCAUCUGAGGCAGUUUUGUUUGGAACUCAAUGGCCUGGCUGUUAAACUUCAGACUGAGUGCCACCCAGACACAUGCACACAGAUGACGGCCACAGAGCAGUGGAUUUUUCUCUGUGCUGCUCACAAGACUCCUAAAGAGUGUCCAGCCAUUGAUUACACAAGACACACCUUGGAUGGAGCUGCAUGCCUCCUAAACAGCAAUAAAUAUUUCCCCAGUCGUGUCAGCAUUAAGGAGUCCUCCGUGGCGAAGCUGGGCUCCGUUUGUCGUCGCAUUUACAGGAUCUUCUCUCAUGCUUACUUUCACCACCGGCAAAUAUUUGACACGUAUGAGAACGAGACGUUCUUGUGUCACCGCUUCACGCGCUUCGUGAUGAAGUACAACCUGAUGUCUAAAGACAACCUGAUCGUUCCCAUCCUGGAGGAGGAGGAAGAGGAGGAGGAGGAGGGGGGCCAGAAUCCCAGCACUGGAGAGAGCGAGGCUUGAGAAGUGGAUUACUGUCGUCCCAAAGCAGAAGCACAAACAACUGGAACUCUAUCACACUCUUCGCUUCUUCAUUAGCCUCUUGCUUCAGCUCCAAACUGCAGCACGUCUUCUGUGUGCAUAGUUUUUGCUAGUGUAGCGUUCCAGCGUAACGAAUCAUGCCAUGCUCUCUUCUUUCUUCUUCUUCUCUUUCUUUAUUUAAAGAGUGUGGUGAUAUUUAACCCUUUCUUACUUACAAAAGUAAAUGUGUGGACGGAGGGGUCUUAUCCAGUUAACUGUAUUUAUUUUUUAAAUAAACUAAAGUAAUAUUUUGGA